CGUGCGUUUGAAGCCGGGUCUUCCGGGACUUGUGCUUUCCAGUUUCCUUCCUACCCAAGGGUGAGCCACUGAUCAGAAGCGCCUGUCAAGAUGGAAGUGAAUCCUCCGAAACAGGAGCACCUGCUGGCGCUAAAAGGUCCUGUUUCUUCUGAUUUGACCAGAAAGACAGUCUUGUAAAUAAUAAAUUACAUUCUAGCUCUGAAGAAUUCAGCUAAGGAAUUUCCUCUUCAUUAAAAGUUAAUGGAUUACUGCAGAAUGACCACUGAAGUGAUACUACAUUAUCGGCCAUAUGAAAAAGAUCCCACACAACUGGCAAAAAUUGCAGAAAAGGCAAUUGAAGACUUUCCAACCCACCCACUAUCAAGAUUUAUUCCUUGGUUUCCACAAGAUGGGUCCAAACUGCCGCUCAAGCCUAAAAGAUUACCACCAGUCAUUUCUAGAGAGGCUGCUGAGAGUGUAAAAGAGUACUUAGCCAUUUCAGAACCUAGUGUUAAAUCUCAGAGCUAUGAUUGCACAGUAGAUCUUCUGGAGUUUCAACCUAGUUUGGAAACGCAGCACCUGCUCCAGUCACGCAUGCUGAAUGAGCAAACUAAUUCUGGAACUCCAGGUAGCAAUUCAGGAAACGAGAAACAGCACCGGAAGAGAUCCUGGAGCGUUUCACUUGCCAGCAAACACUGUCCAGAAAAGAGGUUUCCUUUGUCUAAGAAAUUGCAAGCUAGUUUAAAGACAUUGCAGUUGCACUCCCUUCAUAGAGCAAGAUGGACAUUAGAAUACAGUGUUUGUAACAAGCAGACUCUGGAAGACAUCUGGACAAAACUCAAUCGCCUCAUCCGGCACAAUGAACUUCCCUCGUGUAAUGCCACCAUCCAGAGACAGUUAGGCCAGAUAUGGGUGUUCUGUGAUAUUAUGUACUGUGAAUAUGUAGGAGCUCUUCUCAAAGAAAGAUUAUCUCUUACUGGGAAGAUUAAUUUAUUUGUACAUAAGUAUGGUGUUAUUUUUAGUAUGUAAUGAAUUCUGAUUAUCAGAAAAAUAUUCUGAAUGAAAUGAAUAUGAAAUGACAUUAUAAAAUGAAUUAGUUUUACUGUCAUUGCAUUUUUAGUGACUUUGAAAAUUUGAUGCUCCUUUAUAAUGUGAAUAAAUAGUUGUCUGAUAUGUAGACAGUUUGUGUUCAAUAUAUAAAUGAAUGUCACAUGAUUCCAAGGCCUGUCAGUCAAGUCAGAAACAUUCUAGAUUCUGUUCAUUAGUGUUCUUUUA